AUGGGACUUGCAGCACCUCGCAAGAAAAUUAAAAUCUCCCAUGACCCCAAUAAUACCAAUUGGGCACGGUCAACAAGCGGUUUCGGACACAAGAUCUUGAGCUCCCAAGGAUGGACACCCGGGAGCUUCUUGGGGGCGCGCAAUGCCGCACAUGCUGAAAUGUUUACUCAAGCGAGUGCAUCUCAUAUCAAGGUUGUCCUGAAGGAUGAUACGCUGGGCCUAGGGGCGCGGCCUAAACGUGAUCCUUUAAAUGAGCCCACUGGACUUGAUGCAUUCAAGGGACUUCUUGGCCGGCUAAACGGCAAGUCAGACGCGGAUUUGCAGGUCGAGCAGCAGAAGCGCGACAACGUAAAACUGGCUCGAUAUGCUGCCACGAAAUGGCAAGCAGUCACAUUCAUAAGUGGCGGUUUGCUAGCUCAGGAAAAAAUGACCCCCAUUGUUACUAAGGAGCCGCAAGGAACCAAAAAAGACAAGCAAGAGGACGGACUUUCUGCUACGUUACCUGCGCCGGACAAAGAUCAAGUGAGCUCUGAUGGCGUUGAGGGCUCAGGCAAUGUUGGAGACCAAAGCGAUCACCAAAGCACCAAGAAGAAAAAAUCGAAAUCCAAGAGCCAUAAGGAGAAGAAGGACAGAAAAAGGAAACACACUGACGGGCCUGAGUCCACCGACUCCGGAAAUACGAACAAGAAGUCAGCAGAGGAAAAGAGUAAAGCCACAAGGGAUGAUGAAGAAAGCUCUUCAACAGCUUCUAAGGGUCCGUCGAGGGAGCGCCGUCCGAUGGGGAGACAUGUUUUUAGAGGCCGACAUAUUGCGCAGAAGAAAGCGGCUCUCAUGGACGAGAAGUCUCUCAACGAGAUAUUCAUGGUCAAAUCAUAG